CCCGCCUGCCCCCCUAGCAGGCUGGGGAGGAGGGCCAUGGCCAGCCCGGAGGAGCGGCUCGCUCCCCGCCCCCAGGCCCCGCUGCCGGAGGCUGGGGACGAGCCCGGCCGUGGUCAAGUCCGUCUGGAACCCCGGCGCGGCGCGGCCAGCGGGCGGAGUGCUGUGGGCCUGAGCUUGGCCCGGGAGCUGCUUGGCUGCGGCCGGGAGGAGCUAGCGGCGCCCCCGCCCCUGUCCCGGUCCCUGUCUCCCGCAGGCCACGCCAGCCCCGCUGGGGGCCCCGGCGCCCUCUCAGUUCUCAGCGCCGGAGGCUGCGGCUGGGUGGCGGCCCGUGCUCCUUGGGCGCUCGCCUUCUCCUCCCCUGUCCCCUCCUCCUCCUUUUCAUCUUCCUGGUACUUCUGGCCGCCGCCCCCCCUGCCCCCUCCCCCUCUUGUCCCCUCCUCAUCUGCCUUCCACCUCCCAGCGCGUCUCCCGAGAAGGGAGGGAGCAGCGGCGGCUGGAGGAGGAGGAGGAGGCGGCGGCGGCGGCGAUGCUGGCGGCGGAGGAGGAGGACAAGAGGCAGAUCCCUUGAGCGUCCCCCCAGGCAGUAGUCACCGCAGCGGCGGUGGCAACAGCGGUGGCAGCGGCGGGCGGCGGCGGCUCUUCCUUUCGCCUGCGAUCCAAGGCUUGCUGCUCCCAGCCCGCUCCGGGCCCCGGCCACCUCCACCGCCGCGGCUCCCCUUACACCCCGGCGCACACCGCGCGGACUCCUUGGGUUUUCCGGGUGCCGGCGGGGGCUGCCCUGGCCUCGGCCCCGGCUCUGCGGCCGGUGGCCGAACUCCGUGGCGGCCCCGAGGCACCGCCCUCCCCCUUGCCACUGCCUGGCCGCUGCUCUUCGGCUCCGACAUGGAAGAUGGACCCUCUAACAAUGCGAGUUGCUUCCGAAGGCUGACCGAGUGUUUCCUCAGCCCCAGUUUGACGGAUGAAAAGGUGAAGGCCUAUCUUUCCCUCCAUCCCCAGGUAUUAGACGAGUUUGUUUCUGAAAGCGUUAGUGCGGAGACCGUGGAGAAGUGGCUGAAGAGGAAAAACAACAAAGCAGAAGAUGAACCAUCUCCUAAGGAAGUCAGCAGGUACCAGGACACGAACAUGCAGGGAGUCGUGUACGAGCUGAACAGCUACAUAGAGCAGCGCCUGGACACCGGCGGGGACAACCACCUGCUCCUGUACGAGCUAAGCAGUAUCAUCAGGAUAGCCACAAAAGCCGACGGAUUUGCACUGUACUUCCUUGGAGAGUGCAAUAAUAGUCUGUGUGUGUUCACACCACCCGGAAUGAAGGAAGGUCAACCGCGUCUCAUCCCCGCAGGGCCCAUCACCCAGGGCACCACCAUCUCUGCCUAUGUGGCCAAGUCUAGGAAGACCCUGCUGGUAGAGGACAUCCUUGGGGAUGAGCGAUUUCCCAGAGGCACUGGCCUGGAGUCAGGAACCCGAAUCCAGUCUGUCCUUUGCUUGCCUAUUGUCACUGCCAUUGGAGACUUGAUUGGCAUCCUUGAACUGUACAGGCACUGGGGCAAAGAGGCCUUCUGCCUCAGCCAUCAGGAGGUUGCAACCGCCAAUCUCGCUUGGGCUUCCGUAGCAAUACACCAGGUGCAGGUGUGCAGAGGUCUCGCCAAGCAGACCGAACUGAAUGACUUCCUGCUCGAUGUAUCAAAGACAUACUUUGAUAACAUAGUCGCCAUAGACUCUCUACUUGAACACAUCAUGAUAUAUGCAAAAAAUCUAGUGAACGCCGACCGCUGCGCGCUCUUCCAGGUGGACCACAAGAACAAGGAGCUGUACUCGGACCUGUUUGACAUUGGGGAGGAAAAGGAGGGGAAGCCCGUCUUCAAGAAGACCAAGGAGAUCAGAUUUUCCAUUGAGAAAGGGAUUGCUGGUCAAGUGGCAAGAACAGGAGAAGUCCUGAACAUUCCUGAUGCCUACGCAGACCCUCGCUUUAACAGGGAGGUGGACCUGUACACAGGCUACACCACGAGGAACAUCCUGUGUAUGCCCAUAGUGAGCCGCGGCAGCGUGAUCGGCGUGGUGCAGAUGGUUAACAAGAUCAGCGGCAGCGCCUUCUCCAAGACGGACGAGAACAACUUCAAGAUGUUUGCUGUCUUCUGUGCUCUGGCCUUGCACUGCGCUAACAUGUACCACAGGAUCCGCCACUCAGAGUGCAUCUACAGGGUUACCAUGGAGAAGCUGUCUUACCACAGCAUCUGCACCUCUGAGGAGUGGCAAGGCCUCAUGCAGUUCAACCUGCCAGCACGCAUCUGCCGGGACAUCGAGCUAUUCCACUUUGACAUUGGUCCUUUCGAGAACAUGUGGCCUGGGAUCUUUGUCUACAUGAUCCAUCGGUCUUGUGGGACAUCCUGUUUUGAACUUGAAAAAUUGUGCCGUUUUAUCAUGUCUGUGAAGAAGAACUAUAGGCGGGUUCCUUACCACAACUGGAAGCAUGCCGUCACGGUGGCACACUGCAUGUACGCCAUACUUCAAAACAACAAUGGCCUCUUCACAGACCUCGAGCGCAAAGGCCUGCUAAUUGCCUGUCUGUGCCACGACCUGGACCACAGGGGCUUCAGUAACAGCUACCUGCAGAAAUUCGACCACCCCCUGGCAGCGUUGUACUCCACCUCCACCAUGGAGCAACACCACUUCUCCCAGACGGUGUCCAUCCUCCAGCUGGAAGGGCACAACAUCUUCUCCACCCUGAGCUCCAGCGAGUACGAGCAGGUGCUGGAGAUCAUCCGCAAAGCCAUCAUCGCCACUGACCUCGCACUGUACUUUGGGAACAGGAAGCAGUUGGAGGAGAUGUACCAGACAGGGUCGCUGAACCUCCACAACCAGUCCCAUCGAGACCGUGUCAUCGGCUUGAUGAUGACUGCCUGCGAUCUUUGCUCUGUGACGAAACUAUGGCCAGUUACAAAAUUGACAGCAAAUGAUAUAUAUGCAGAAUUCUGGGCUGAGGGGGACGAGAUGAAGAAGCUGGGGAUACAGCCCAUCCCUAUGAUGGACAGAGACAAGCGAGAUGAAGUCCCUCAAGGACAGCUUGGAUUCUACAAUGCUGUGGCCAUCCCCUGCUAUACCACCCUGACGCAGAUCCUCCCACCCACAGAGCCUCUGCUGAAGGCCUGCAGGGAUAACCUCAAUCAGUGGGAGAAGGUAAUUCGCGGGGAAGAGACAGCAAUGUGGAUUUCAGGCCCAGCAACUAGCAAAAGCACAUCUGAGAAGCCGACCAGGAAGGUCGAUGACUGAUCCUGAGGUGAUGUCUGCCUAGCAACUGACUCAACCUGCUUCUGUGACUUCGUUCUUUUUAUUAUUAUUUUUUUUAACGGGGUGAAAACCUCUCUCAGAAGGUACCGUCGCAUAUCCAUGUGAAGCAGAUGACUCCCUGCGCACAGCUCGGACCGUGAGCAACCCGGGCUCCACCGUGUUCAGACGUCGGCUAUUCCAUGGCUCCGCCUGACCCCCGAACUGCGCUGGCUGGAGGGGGCAGAGACGACAGGGGGGGUUCUUACCUGCAUCCUUCCAUGAGGGUGUGGUUCUGUGUUUCAUCUCUAACAGAGAUGCUACUGCUUGGUGGCGUUUGUUAGAAAUGGGACACACGCCCCUGUCGUGAAGUUUACAUGUGACCUUCUUGUAGGUAACUUGAGUUCGUAGCCUGGGACCCAUGUAAUGAAGGUUACAGUCCACAGGUGAUAGAGAAAUUCAAGCUGUAAGUUGCAGGUGCACUACAAGUGUGUUCAUUCAGUUUACCUGGGGGCACGGAGGCGAGUCAGCUCCACGAGGAAGCAUACCUCUGCCCUCAUCAAGGGGACACAGGGUACAUCCCAGGCAUCAGAGAACUGCAGCUCACCUCAAACCAUGUCAAAGAAUUAAAACACACCCCCCUCCCCUCACUGUAGCCUUUGGCAACUUUGCCAAACCCUUCACACAAAGAAAAUAAAAGUAAGGCGUAUAAAUUUCCUCCAGCAAGCAAAUCUUGUGAGUAAAAAAAAAAAAAA